AUGUCUCCCAGUGUCUCCAGGUCUCAUUCCUGUAAAAUGUCCUACAACAUCACCUUCUCUGGAUCUGGGUUUCUGUCCAUCUACCAGUUGGGGGUUGCCUUGGGCUUCCUGAGAUACACACCCUGGAUUCUGAAGUCAGCUCCACACAUACUUGGUGCUUCUGCUGGAUCUGUGGCUGCAGCUGCUGUGGUCUGUGAAGUAAAUCCAAUAACCAUACGGGAUGAGAUACUUCUGUUUGCCAAGCAAGCAAAGGCUUUUACGUGGGGGAUAUUUAACCCAUCGGUCAAUGUUUUCCAGUGGCUAGAGAAAACUAUGCACAAACAUCUUCCUUCUGAUGCCCACCGGUUGGCAAACGGUCGCCUUGGUGUUGCUGUGACACGUCUGUCUGAUGGAAAGCAAGUAAUUAUAUCCGAGUUUCAGUCCAAAGAAGAUGUUGUACAAGCUCUGCUGUGCAGCUGCUUUUUGCCUGGAUAUUGUGGCUUUCUGCCUCCACUCUUCAAAGGAGUACAUUAUAUAGAUGGUGGUUUGAGUGGCAUCAUGCCCAGAAUGCCUGAGUCGUCUACUUUCACUGUGUGCCCAUUCUCUGGAGACACUGACAUCUGUCCCGCUGAUCCACCAUGCACAAUGAAAAUGGUAGUUACAGGAGCCAUUUUCAAGAGCAACAUGGCUAACUAUGUGAGGACCAUCACUGCCCUUUCAUCUGAGGCUUUGGAGGAUCUAGAAGAAGCGUUCCACAAUGGCUACAAAGAUGCUAUUCAUUUUCUUUGGCAGAAAGAUCUUACUUCUUCUAUGACUAUUGACAUGUCUCUGGGAUUUUCAAUCUGUGACUUAACUUUUGAAGAAACAUAUCUGGAGUCCAUCAAAGUGGAAGAAGGGGAAAUGACAGUGAAAAAACAGGCCAAAACACUUACUUCUUUCCCAGACUACAGAUCCAAUCAGAUAAUUAACUCCACUGUGCCAGAAAACACUAAAGAGCUUCUUCUCCGUUUUGAUGAUGUAAAGAAUGUUCUUUUGUGCAGGGGGACUACCUAUCUGGGUAUGAUUGGACUGACGAUGAGAAUGUUGUCCAUCCUGCUUCUGCCUCUCGUCAUGCCCUUUUACACUCUGCUGCAGAGUAGGAAAAGGCUGAAGGUGCUGGUCGAGGAGGUGCCUGUGUUUGUUGUUUGCGUUUGGCUUUUCACAAAAUACUAUGGAUUGUUCAUCCUCAACAUAUUUAUUUGUAGUCUCCAGAAAAACCUAAAAGACUGGUGA